CUCCUUCAAUCUUGUUGUUUAGGACUUGAUCACUUUGAUAUACUUGGUUUUUUUCCUAUUUCUCUGGCUUGAGCCUAUCUGCAGGUUGCUUAUAAAUUAGAAACAUUUUCUCCUUCUUUUACUUUAUUUUUGCUCUGCUACUUUUUAUUCUCAAGUAUAGAUCAUCGUCAUUUAUCUCUACAGCCACAUUAAUAAUACCCGUCACACUAACUUAACAGCCAUAAGAAAAAAUAAAGCUGAAUCACAUCCUACCAAUUGUUGUUUAUUGACCCCAAUAACAAUCAAACAGCAAAGAAAAAGACAGCCAUAUAGUAGCAAUAGUCUUCCCUAGCAAAUACAAAAACUACUGUUAAACUAUAAACAAUUAAAGCAAAGUAGCUCUCUACCUUCAACAUGGAAUCAGCCUUAAAUCAAGUUGUCAACUCAAUGGUGGACAUUCACAAUUACAAAACCGACGACGAAAAAUGGCAAGCAUACCUGGGCACUGAUCCUCUAACCAUAGGUGAAUUUUUCAUUGGCCAUAAAACACACAAUCAUACACUCUGUCGUCCAGAUUGCGAGGCAUUCUUUCGCGCUACUGAAAGAGACCAGAUCGAUAUCUUUGAUACCUACCAAGAAGGCUUAAAUAAUGGCUACCACCCUUGCGAAUACUGCAAUCCAUGCGAUAUGCUUACUUCCUCCAGGGAAAGGAAAAUCAUCUUCCACUGCGUCAAUUUUGUCAAUAAUCAAGUCAAGUUCAACCCUGCUUUGUCCCAUUUAAAAGCUCUAAACUCCAACGAACCUUCUCGCAGAAACCAUGGCCACAACAACGAAAACUCAAGCACCAUUACAAACAUCAAAUUGGUCCAAUUGGCCUGUUGCCACAUUGCUGCCGCCGCUGUUAACUUGGUCUAUGAGAAAAAAAUGCCUGAAAAUUAUAACAACUAUGCUACCAUUACUGAUCCUAAAUACAAAAAACUAUUUCUCUUGAACAAUCCAGAACCAAACAUUACCGCAACACCAAACAAUUCUAAACCCAAUCACGAUGAUAAAAAUGAUAAUAAAAGUGAUGAUAAUACUGGUGAAAGUAAUGACGAUGACAGCGAAAAUGACUCUGAUCCUGAUUUCCUACCUAACACUGCUGAUACUGACGCCCACACUAAGACUAACUCUAACGACAACGUUAACAACAACGUUAGCAACGAUAUUAACGCCAAUCAAAAUCAUAAUCUUAACGCUAAUAUUAUCUCAACCGAAGAGGAAACUCCAAGACCACCAAAAAAAAAAAGAAGAGGUGGAAUCAUGGGCUUCAAAGAAUUGGCUUACAAAGCCAGAUUAUCUGCAUGGCAUUUUCAUAGAGUUUUCAAAUCAACUUGCAGAACAACUCCAAAGGCCUAUGGUGAUAAAUGUCUAGCUUUUGUCAAAUACUAUCGCACAAAUUCUAACGAAAAAGCCAUUCCAAUCGAUAAAUUUAUUCAGCCUUCAAUCAACAAUAGUCCUAUGCUAUCUUUAAAUACAAAUACAAAUACAAAUACAAAUAUAAAUAUAAAUACAAAUACAAAUACAAAUACAAAUACAAAUACAAAUACAAAUAACAUUCCUGCUAUCAAAUCCAAUUCGUCAAGAACUUCACCUACAAUUCCCUCAAGACUCAAUCACCACAGAGUUUCUAAACCCCAAUCAAACUCAAGAAGAACUUCAACCAUUUCAAUUGGCCCUGCCAUCAAUCGUAUCAAUACAAUUCAGCAUAGCCGGAAUAACAGCAACAGCAGUAACAACACUAAUAUUAGUGAUACCAUUCAGAACUCUCAAAAUAAUCAACAAAAAAAUCAUGAUCAAAAUCACUACCAAUACACUCCAAAUCAUAACCUCAACUCAGAAUUUUCAACUCCUUUAUUCAUUUCAAACGACAGCGGCGCAAACACAACCUUUGAAAAUAGCCCAGCAACUAGCUAUACAGGUAGCAUGUUAAAUGACUCGCACAUUAACCAAUUUAUUUUGCCCGAUAACCUUCUCACUCAUACCCAGUUAGCCACUGAUUUAUCUCUCGAUUUUGAAGAUACCGAUGUCUUAAACUUGAGCUCUUUCAGUAAUGCAUAUAUUGAUGCUAAAACUGAAUUAGGCGGCAUCAAUGAUGAUUUUUUUAACAAUCCUGAAAGGAAAAACAGCAUCAUCAACUCACAACUCCCAGUUAUUAAUAAUGUUGAUAGUAUCAACAAUAUAAAUAAUAUUAAUAAUAUCAAUUUUCAUGACAACCAAAAUAUUGCUCAUAAUAAUAACAAUAAUAAUAAUAAUAAUAAUAAUAACGCUAAUAAUAACGCUUUUGUUAAAUCAAUACAGUAUCCAAAUUUGUUUAAUACCAAUAUCUUUGACAACCUUAACGAUUUUACAAAUCCAAAUGGCCUAUCAAACCCAAAUUCAGAAUUUCCAUUAAACUUGAAUAAUCCUGAUUUUGCCAAUAUUCAAGAUAUUAAUACUCUGCCAUCUCAUUUCCCAAAUACCCUUCCAAAUGGUUUUCCAAAUGGCUUUUCAAAUGGUUUUCCAAAUGGCUUUUCAAACGGUUUUCCAACCAAUAAUAAUAACAAUAACAAUAAUGAUAACAAUGACGAUAAUAAUAAUAAUGAUAAUAAUAUUGAUUCAAUUUCCUCCAAUUUACAUAUUGAUGACUUGAUGAGCUUAAACUUAUCCUUAAAUGAGCUUAAUUUCGAUCUUGAUAACGAAUAUAUUCAAAGUCCUUUAAUCAACGAUAUUGGUAAUAACAGUCAGUCUGAAAAUUCCAACAAUAAUAGUGAAAAUAAUGAUGAUUUGGCUGAUAUCUACUUUCGAACAAAUCCAGAUAACACCCCUAAUUAAACUUGGCGUGUUAUUUUUUAUUUCAUAAUGAUCUCUGUAACGACUCUUUUUUCCGAAAAUUUAAAACAGUUAUAAUUUGUUCUUAUUUUCUUUCUAUUUAGUUCUUAUUUCUUUUUUUUUCUUUUUUUUUUAGUUUCUCUAGCCUUUGUCUUUAAUGUAUGGUUAAUUUGGAUAACCUUUUUCUUAAUUCUUAUAUAAUAGUAUAAUAGUGGUGUUUUCUUCAAUAUUCAAACUAGUUUUUAAUGAUAUUCCUUCUAUAAAUUUUUUUAUUCAGCCCAACAAUUAAUAAACAUUGUAUUGAAUUUCUUGUUCAAUUCUUGUUCAAAUUUGAAGUAUUUCGCCUAAGAAUAAAAUUUUGUCUGUUUUAUUCACUCUUAUUUAUCACUUUUUUUUGGUUUCUGAUGUCUAAUGUCCACUGAUUUUUAUCUUUCUCAGAUAUCUAUAUCAAAUUAUCAUGAGUGAUGUAGUUGGGUAGGGAAAGUAAAAACAAUUUAAAAA